CUGUCAAGGCAGACGUCAUUCCAAUGGAGUGGAGGAGACGAGAAGAAAAACACGAAUCUACGCAGAGCAUAGAAAAUUAGUCAUAUACUUUUAUAUUGCUUAAUCCAGUGUAAUAUUGACGGCUUAACGAUGCAAGGGGAUCAGCAGCAGUUCUUCAGCAGUGGUACGUCCUAUCCGCAGCAACAGCCAGGAUAUGGUAUCGGGUUUGCCCCGCAGCAGCCCGGAAUGCAGCCCGGCUUUCACCCGAGCGCGUUCGCGCCAUCGGCUGGCUCGCCGGACGGUUACUCGCCGUACGAUGCGGAAUCCGCCACGGUCAAGGGGUUCGAUUUUAACGAUCAAACCAUCCGCCGUGGCUUCAUCAAGAAGGUGUACUCCAUCUUGACCCUGCAACUAUCGAUCACGUUCGUGUUUGUUGCCUUUGUCAUGAACCAUGAGCCGACCCAGCUGUUUAUUCGCCGCAAUCCGUCACUGUUCUGGAUUGCGUUCCUGGUAAUGAUCGGCACGAUGAUUGCGAUUUCCUGCUGCGGUGAGCUGCGCCGUAAGGCACCGGCCAAUUUCAUUUUUCUGGGCUUGUUUACCUUUGCGGAAUCUUUCUUGGUAUCGAUGGUUGCUGCGACCUACAAAUCGGAAGAGGUGCUGUUAGCAUUCGGCAUAACGGCAGCCGUCUGUCUCGGACUGACGCUGUUCGCCUUCCAAACCAAGUGGGACUUUACGAUGAUGGGCGGCAUCCUGUUCACGGCCGUCGUGGUACUGUUCCUGUUCGGUCUGAUUGCCAUGUUUUUCCCGGGCAAAACGAUGCAAAUUGUUUACUCCUCGUGCGGUGCGCUGCUCUUCUCCUUCUAUCUGGUGUACGACACGCAGAUCAUGAUGGGUGGCAGUCACAAGUUCUCCAUCAGCCCGGAGGAGUACGUGUUUGCGGCGCUGUGUCUGUAUCUGGACGUGAUUAACAUUUUCCUUCACAUCCUCUCCAUCAUUGGGGCAUCGAGGAAUUGAAGCGCUUUCGACGUACAUUUAUUCGAAACGAUCUGUGUGUUGUUCGUGUGUGUGUGUGAGUAUGUUAUAGUACGAAGAUGUUUUAGGGUGGUCUGAAUGAUGGCGGUAGCGAAAGCUGUGUUUUAGGGCAUGGACUGCUAACGAACUGCAACGGUAAUGUGUACGGAGGAGCGAUUGAAACUUACACGCGGGUCUUGCACGUAAAGGACACACGACGCACACAGUUAGCUCUUUAACCGUGAGUAUGAUUCAGUUCCGUGGCCAAUCUACUCAACCCUGCGUGCUCCACUGUCGUACGACAGGCAGGCGGGCAGGCAGCACCAUACGCAUACCUCUCAAUAUAUCGAAAAAUGUAUUUAUCCUCCCCUUCAUGUAACGAUCACCGGUACGCGGAUGGUCGAUUCAUUUGUGCUAAUGAAGCUAUUUGCUGAAUGUGGGAAACCGUAAAAAUAAACUUUCACAACGACUUUAAAUGGCUGUAUCAAA